ACCAUCUUAUCAUUGCACGUACCUUUGGAGCAUUACUAGUACAACUUUUAAUGUAUGAGGAUGUAUAUCAUGUCCAGGUAUCACAUCCCACGCCCUUGGGUACAUCCAGGUGAGAACUUACUGGUUCUCCAUGAAGAACUUGGAGGUGACCCUUCAAGAAUUUCUUUCUCCACACGAGCUGGACAAGAGAUUUGUGCACAUGUUUCAGAGUUUGAUCCUCCGCCAGAAGAUUCAUGGAAACUGAUGUCAGAAUAUAUUUCUCAAACUCCUGAAGUUCGACUGGCAUGUGAAAGAAGAUGGCAAAUUACUUCAAUCAGUUUUGCUAGCUUUGGAACUCCUACGGGACAUUGUGGUGCAUUCUGUCCAGGAAGUUGUCAUGCCAAUGUUUUGUUGAUUGUUCAGAAGGCGUGCAUUGGGAAACAAGGAUGUUCAGUUCCUGUCUCGACAUCUCAGCUAGGGGACCCAUGUCCUGGAGAGUUGAAAAGCUUAGCAAUUCAAGCCCUUUGCCGUGGCAAAUAAAUUUCCUCUUGAGGGUUCAAUGCUCGGAUGUUUGAAAAUGGAGAUUCGUGGACUUGAUCCAUUUAAUUGUAUGCUUCUGUAAAUGCCAGCUCUUAUGUCAUCUAUUGAAUGUGGUACAUCUGAAAUCAAGUUAACUAGCCAUAAGCUCAAAUGUUUUCAAGUUAAUACGCUGCAUUAUCUUGGACUUAA